UCCAUCCCCUAGUUCCAAACCGGGAAGAAGAAACCGCUAUUUUUUCGAUCCCGAAGACCCAAUAAUAGGCAAUAGAAUACCGAAGGCUCCGGUGGACAGCGAGACGCCGUUCUCCGUCCUGCGAAGCAGAAGGCGUUGGCCGGUUUCCCAUUCCUAUAACCCACUAACGACAUCAAGAAGGGAAUCGAGGAUAAGAAGGAAGGGGGAGGGGCGUGUAUGGAAAGAGGGGAACGAGGGAUGGGGGCCCGGCAGCGGUGGAGGAGGUUCAAAGACCGGCUGCGAUUCAAGGGCGUGGCCUGCUGCGGCAGCCCCUGGGCCCGCUCCCGGGCGGCCCACAUCGAUUCCCGCUCCCCCUUCGACUUCUCCACCGCCUCGUCCGGAGAAGACGCCGGCUCCCCCGCGGCGGCGGAGAGAGGGGGGCCGAGGUACCGGCGGGAGGCGGCGGCGGCGGCGCGGAACCGGAGGGAGAGCGAUCAGGAUUUCGGGUGCAUCCUGGACCAGGCGCCGGCGGGGGACGCGGUGACGGCGAUCGAGGAGGAGGAGGAGGAGGAGGAGAUGAACCUGGCGAUGGCGCUGGCGGCGGAGCGGCAGCUGCGGGCGACGGAGAGGGACAUGACGAUGACGCCGUUCUCGGAGAGGUCGUCGCUGAUGAGGCUGAUGAGGGAAGGAGAGGAGGAGAAGAGAGAGGAGGCGGAGGAGGAGGAGGGGAGGGAGUGGUGGGGGUGCUGCGUGUGUAUGGGGCGGCGGAAGGGGGCGGCGUUCAUCCCGUGCGGGCACACCUUCUGCAGGGUGUGCGCGCGGGAGCUGUGGAUCACCCGAGGAUCGUGCCCUCUCUGCAACCAGUCGAUCCUCGAGACGCUCGACAUCUACUGAUGGAUCGAUCCUUGCUUCCAACUCCGGCUUCGUGAUUCUGCUCCCUCCGUCCUUUGUAAUUUUCUUUUUGCAUUGAAUUCGAAGCUAUUUAUGAUUCAUCGAACGGUGCGAAGUCCUCUCCUUUUGUUUUCUUCCUCUUGUUUUCUCGCUCUUUACUUCGUUUUCAAUGAGGGCAGGGGGCCGUUCUCCCCUCGGGAACUCUGCUA